AUGUACGGCAGCGGGAGCCCCCCUUUAAAACUAACGGGGGGCUCCAUGUCGUCACGGUCGAAGCGUUCGAAGAAAUCCCCCUGGGGAGCCCGGGAGCGAGCCGGCAUGAGCUUCCUGAUCGUUAUAGCGUUUUUCGCCAUAUUUGGACUAAUUAUCCUAACAGAGGUGCUGAUGAUUGAUGAUCGAGGUCGAGGCGGGGGAGUCAUCGUGCGACAUGGAAGUAGCGGAGGUCGCUAUGGGGAAUCCGUCCCUGAUUAUGACGACGUGAAGGACGACUAUCUGGAUGAUACAGGUAUUUUUGUACGUGAAACAAAAUUUGGAAGUGCGGCCAUCAAAAAUAUUUUAAAAAAUCAAAAAGACACUAAACUGUCCAUUGGCAUGACCGUACCAUUAGAUCCGGCCGAGCAGCAGCGCAAUCCACCAAUCAUUCCUUGGGGUCAGAUGUUGCCCUCGAAGACGGAACAGACUUUGCCCCGGUAUCCGGCUGAAAUGCGUCCAACCGAUGGAUCGUGGGAAAUCGUCAACGGGACACGGUACAAGUUUUUUGUGUUCUCCGCCUUCUACGACCGACGAGAUGGAAAGCUGGUGCGGGUGAUCGGCGCUACGAAAACUCGUGGUCCGGAGAAGGUGUGGUGCCGAUUCUGGUACCAGACUGGUCAAAACAGCACUAAGUAUCGAUCCGCUUCGGUAAUGGCCAGAGUGAAGAUUAUACGAGAAAAUUGGAACUUGAAGUACAGUGCUUGCUUCAUUUUGUGCCCAAUCCGAGGUCCGUUUCCAGAUAUUCCUUAUGCGGUUAGUGUAGUUAGUAAAAUUAGAGCACCACCCGGCAACGUCUUGUUGCUUAGAAAUACCGAUAAUGAUCCAGAUUUUAACAACAGAACUUUUAGCAACAUUCCGAGCAGUAUUGGAGUGUGUGUCAAACCAUUACAUUUUAAUUACGAUCAGGCAUUGUAUUUGCUAGAGUUCCUGGAGCUGAACAAUCUACUGGGAGUGUCCCACUUUACAUUCUACAACCACACGAUCGGGCCUAAGGCUAGCUGUAUUUUGCGGCACUACAUCAGUGGAGAUCUUCCUUCGUUGAUAACAUCUUACGCUUCCCCACGAGAGCACACACACAGCACUGGUGCUACAGAUGGUAAUGACAUACCCUUAGCUGCAGUCUCCAACAAUAAGCGGAUUGACGAUACAUCCUACCAAAAGCCAAAGAUAACUGUAAAUAUUUUGCCGUGGAAUUUGCGGAUGCGCUCCCAGAAAGAAAUCCGUACCGAAGGGUUGUUUGCAUCGUUAAACGAUUGCCUUUAUAGAAGCAUGUACAGAUACUCGCAUGUUGCACUAAUUGAUUUAGAUGAACUUAUUAUACCACACCACAACGAUACUCUAAUCGAUUUAAUCAACUGGCUUUCAAAACGAAUCAACAAUAGAAACACAGGAGCUUACUCUUUUCAGAAUGCUUUCUUCUAUCUUCAAUUUGCCGAUGAUAGUCUGAUGUACGAAGAUGGCACAGCACAAAACGACCUACGAGCGGCGCUCACGACGCAGCGCAAGACGAGGCGCCGCUCGAAGCUGCAUCCUCAAAAGCAACGCUCAAAGUACAUCUGCCGACCGGAAGCUGUCAUCGAAGCGGGCAAUCAUUUUGUAUGGGAAUUCUGCCCCGGACGGGGCUCGCUCAAUGUUCCGACUGAUGCUGCUAUUCUUCACCACUAUCGGGUUUGCGAAUUUGGCGGCGAUGAUUGCAUAAAAUCUCCCUGUGGUAGACCGAACGGCGCAUCGUUACUCUAAACGGCUAGUGGACCGCGUUGGAACAGUAUAUAA